CUCCGUGUCGGCUCCGUAUUAUUGAUGUUGUUCAAGAAAGGGAGGCUCAUGGAAGUCAUUCAACUAUUUCACAGGAAAGAGUCGAAGUCAAAGCUCGACUCCUCCAACCUCCCUCCUGAAAAGCCCCCAUUUUUACAGCUAAAUUUAUAGAUUACAGGCGGAAAGAUCAGUUUCAUACCUAGCUAGAUGAUCCAAAUGGAACUCUUCCUGUUCAUCGUGUUCAGUGUUUUCUCCAUCAUACCAUUGGUUCAAGGGCAGGAUAAGUCAGGUAUGUUAAGCAUAGACUGUGGCGUAUCAGAUUCCGAUUCAAAUUUUGUCAAGACCGGUGUAAACAAUGAAAUAGCAGAUGAAUACAAGGCUGGAAACACUGAUCCAAGACUAACCAGUCUCAGAAGCUUCCCUAAUGGAACAAGGAACUGCUACACAUUGAAUCCUCAAUUUGGAAAGGGUGGUAAUUACAUUGUAAGAGCUUGGUUCUUGUAUGGUAAUUACGAUGGAAGAAAUCAACAACCAAUCUUUCAUUUGUACAUCGGUGCUAAUCUUUGGGACGUUGUUUUUAAUUUCAAUGCAUCUCAAUCUAGCUUUACGGAGAUUGUAUAUGAAUCCCCAUCAAGUAAUAUACAUGUCUGUCUUGUAAAUAUUGGUUCUGGAACUCCUUUCAUAUCUGCACUGGAGCUAAGGCAUUUGAACAAUUUCAUUUACAAAUCAAGGACCGGUUUGAUGACACCAUACAGACGGAUUGAUAUGGGAUUCGAAGGUCGUGAUAGCGACUUGCUCGGGAACGGAGAUGAACUUGGUCGGCUAUGGAGUUCCUCCAACGCUUCCUUUUUCCCGACAAAGUAUGUCAGCACGUUUUUCCCUAUCGACUCGCAGAAUAGUAGUGAUUACAAAGUGCCUAUCCGUGUCAUGAGAGAUGCAGUUGAACCAGUUAAUUCUAGUGACAUACUGAGAUUUUACUGGGACCAGGGUUUCUCUGGCACUAAUUUUUAUGUUUAUAUGCAUUUCUGUGAAGUGGAAGCAAUGAAUUCAACAGAGUUGAGAGAAUUCGACAUCUUACUGAAUGAAAUCCCAUGGGUGGAAUCAGUCACUCCUAGUUAUCUGAAAACAACCACUAUUAGCAAAGACAAUCCUGUUAGUGGCGGUAAUGGUGGAGAACUAUGGAUGACUAUUCAGAAAACAAGCCGAUCAACUCUUCCUCCUAUUCUUAACGCCAUGGAGAUUUACUUGGAAAAAGAAAUUCAACAAUCACCCACCAAUCCAGAUGACAUUGAUGCAAUGGUGAGUAUUUCGCUGGCAUAUGGAGUAAAGAGAAAUUGGCAAGGAGAUCCAUGUGUCCCACUAAACAUGACAUGGGGUGGUCUCAACUGCACUUCAAAUAGCAAUUCGCCUCAGAUAAUUUCAUUGAACCUUUCUUCAAGUGGAUUGACAGGAGAAAUAGCUGCUUCGUUCUCAUUGCUCACAUCAUUGGAAAUUUUGGAUUUGUCAAACAAUGACCUGACAGGGCCAGUGCCUGAAUUUCUAUCUAAUCUUUCCAAAUUGCGCAUUCUGAAUUUAAGGAAUAAUAAUCUGGAAGGUUCUGUGCCUAGAGCCCUCACUGAGAAGACAUCUUUGCAGCUUAGCAUAGAUGGAAAUCCAAAUAUUUGCUCGUCGGAUUCUUGUGUUCGAGCAAAGAAGAAAGGCAGUAACAUAGUUGUACCAUUAGUUUCAUCUAUUGCUUCAUUCCUGGUAGCAGUGCUUGCAGUUGCUAUACUAUUGAUACUAAAAAGAAGACGAAAAGCCAAUAUGCCUGGAAGGCUGGUAAAAUCAAAGAACCAAAGAUUUACAUACGCCGAGAUUGUGAGCAUGACAAAUAAUUUCCAUAAGGUGGUUGGCAAAGGAGGAUUUGGAACUGUCUAUCUUGGCUGCUUGGAUGAUGGCCAAGAAGUUGCUGUCAAAAUGCUUUCUGUGUCAUCCAAAGGAUCAGAUCAAUUCUGGACUGAGGCCGAACUUUUGAUAAGUAUGAAUCACAGGAACUUGGCUCCUUUUGUUGGUUACUGCGAUCAAGGGUCUGAAACAGCAUUAGUUUACGAGUAUAUGGCUAAUGGAAACUUACAAGAAUAUUUAUCGGACCUUAAUAAACCUGUCCUGAGCUGGAAACAGAGACUCCAGAUAGCGAUUGAAACAGCCCAAGCUUUGGAGUACCUGCACUAUGGCUGCAAACCACCCAUAGUUCACAGAGACGUCAAGACUGCCAACAUCUUGCUAAACGAAAACUUACAGGCAAAAGUUGCAGAUUUUGGAUUGUCUCGAGUGGUCCCUGAUGGAACCCACGUCUCCACUAAUGUGGUUGGAACAUUCGGAUAUCUUGAUCCUGAGUACUUUUUCACCAACAGACUGACAGAAAAGAGCGACGUUUACAGCUUCGGGGUAGUUCUUCUAGAGCUAAUAACAGGUCUACCAGCUAUAUUAAAAAACGAAGACAACGAACAUGUAGCCCAGUGGGUGAAGCCCAUGCUAGAAAAAGGGGAGAUAGACAACAUUGUUGAUCAAAGGCUAGAAGGAGAUGUAGACAUAAACUCUGUCUGGAAAGCUGUCGAAAUCGCCAUGAGCUGCAUUCCAACCAAUCCCAUCCAGAGGCCUACUAUGGAUCAUGUGGUUGUGGAGCUGAAAGAGGCUCUAGAAAUUUAUGCCCCCUCUGAAAAGACAACGAAAACAACAGAUUAUGGAACUUCAGAAUUUCCCGACAGUUUAACUAAUAGUAUGAUUGGAGAUUACAGUGUUUUGGAUAUUGAUUCUUCCUUGAUUUUACCGAAACCAAGAUAGGUUUAUUAUAUACUAGGUGAAAAUUUCUUAAUCAGAUUUUUUUACACUAUGUCAUCUUCAUUCAAUUCAUCUCUUCAUUGUUAUUUCAGUGUUUUUA